CAACAUUGUGAACAAUGUAACUCCAUUGACCAAUCAGAAAUGUCCACGGCCGAAGCCGGCCGAAACAUUACAAGAAAACGCCCGCUAUCGGCUUAUGAGUUACGCGGUCUUCGUAAGACGCGUGCGCAAAAUUUGUUCUUCUGGGCGGGCACUGUUCUUUGUCAAGAUGAAUGUAGUAGUCAUCUGCUGUGUUUUGCUCACCUACUUUGCCUAUGUUAGUUGUGCAGAAGGAAAAGUAAAGGGCCCGAAAGUUACCGAACAGGUAUAUUUCGAUAUCACAAUAGAUGGAAAAGAAGCAGGUAGGAUUGAAAUUGGUCUAUUUGGCAAGACUGUACCCAAGACUGUAAAGAACUUCGUAGAACUCUGCAGGAGGCACGAAACUGAACCGAGCAAAGAUGGAAGUUUGGUGGGUUACAAAGGCAGUGUAUUUCACAGAGUCAUAAAUGACUUUAUGCUCCAAGGGGGUGACUUCACAAAGGGAGAUGGAACUGGAGGCCGUAGUAUUUAUGGAGAAAGGUUUGCCGAUGAAAACUUCAAGUUGAAGCAUUAUGGGGCCGGCUGGUUAUCCAUGGCCAAUGCUGGAACUGACACGAAUGGAUCUCAGUUUUUCAUCACCUGCAAGAAGACGUCCUGGCUUGACGGAAGGCACGUUGUAUUUGGAAAAGUCGUGAAGGGAAUGAGCGUGGUCCGCACAAUCGAAAGCACAAAGACAGAUAGCCGUGACAAGCCUGUGAAAGAGGUCAAGAUUGCAGACUGUGGCAUAGUUACUGUGGAAACACCCUAUGCAGUUGCAAAGGCAGACGCUACUGAAUGAAUGCAUUCAUUUUAUGUAAAUAAAUGUGGGUACCUUUUGUAA